AAGGGAUUGAUCGCUCAACUCGGCUGCUGUGUUGUUCUCUCAUACUCGACUUGACUUGUGACUUGCUACCCGUGGCGCUGGCUCACAAGGCUGAUCAACACUUGGGAAGCCAAUUUGAUCUUCCAGUACCACCUUCCCGUCCCGGUGACGUCGAUCUAGAAACACCUGUGAAACCUUGUGACUGAUCCGAUCCUGUCACCUUCUUGAUUCAUAUACAAUGAAGCGUCUCAAUUCCAACAAAGACGAUAACGUCCCCAUCUACAUCUACAUCCUGCUGGUGGUGAUUCUAUCCCUCAGCUUCCUGGGUACCUAUUUGGACUCGAGCAAACGUGUCAAGUCUGCCGCACGGUCCUAAUCAGUACUAUCACUACUACUAUAUUGUCGUUAUCAACAUAGCCUCGAAAUCAACUAAAAUGGCUGGAACAUGCUCCAUGCUCUGCUUGAUUCUGAUUACCUUGUUCAUACCUCCUCUCGGUGUGUUUAUGAUCUCGGGUUGCAGUGUUGAUCUGCUUAUCAAUAUACUCUUGACGAUUCUCGGGUACUUACCCGGUCAUAUCCACGCAUUCUACCUCGAAUACGUAUACUACGCCAAUCGCAACGCAGGGACAGGCGAAGCACCACGUCGCGCGCCGGGAGUCUAUUCCGAACGGAUUCAGCGCGGGGGGAAUCACCACACGACGUAUGGCACGAUCCCUUGAUGAUGGAUGCUGAAUGAAUCAAGCUACAUGUGGACAUGGCUGUUUCUUUUCCCUUUACAUUUAACUGUUCCGGGUAUUACAUUGUUAUGUUACGAAACCCUAAAAUGAACGGCCAAAGUCGAUAGCAUCAUUAACUGGAGUUGAG